AUGACCAACUGCUGCUCCCCUUGCUGCCAACCCACCUGCUGCAGGACCACCUGCUGCAGGACCACCUGCUGGAGACCCACCUGUGUGACCAGCUGCUGCCAGCCCUGCUGCCAGCCCUGCUGCCAAACCACCUGCUGCACAACUCGCUUCAGACCCACCUGUGUGAGCAGCUGCUGCAGCACACCCUGCUGCCAGCCCUGCUGCUGUGUGUCCAGCUGCUGCCAGCCCUGCUGCCAGCCCCGCUGCUGCGAGUCCAGCUGCUGCCAGCCCUGCUGCUGCCAACCCUGCUGCCAGCCCAGCUGCUGCCAGCCAAUUUGCUCUGGACCUGUGUACUGUACAAGAACCUGCUACUACCCCACAUGUGUCCGUGUGCCUGGCUGCCUGUCCCUGGGCUGCGGAUGCACCUGUUUCUAA